UGUUUUUACCAAUCUUAAAUUUAACAAUGGCAAAGCAUUUAGUUAUUUCAAUUAGUAUUGUUGCUUUUGUAACUGGAUUUGUAAAUAGUGCUGCUUCUUCUGGUAAAAGGUGUACAACUCCACCAUUAGCUCCAUUGCGAAUUCAAAAAGUAAUUGGAAGUUGUCAAGAUGAAAUUAAAAUUGCAAUUAUUACAGAAGCAUUAAAUGUAUUAUCAGAAGAACAAGCACUUCAAGGCAAAUCACGAUCAAAACGGGAAACAUUUACUGAUGAUGAAAAGAAAAUUGCUGGAUGUCUUCUGCAAUGCGUUUAUCGUAAAGUGAAAGCUGUUGAUCAAAAUGGUUUUCCAACCACACAAGGAUUAGUCAACUUGUAUACAGAAGGUGUUGCAGAACAAGGGUAUCUUGUAGCCACAUAUCAAGCAGUACAACAAUGUUUAGGAACUGCUUAUAGAAAGCAUACUAACUUAUUUGAAAAAGAUGCUCAUAAACACUGUGAUGUUGCUUUUGAUGUGUUCGAAUGUGUAUCUGAUAAAAUUGGUGAAUACUGUGGACACACACCUUAAAUAACAACAGCAACAACAAAUCGAAGAAACGUGAUAUGAAAAAGUUUUAUAUUUAACAAGUAUUCUAAAUAUGUUUAAAAUUGGGCUCAUUAUCUACACAACUUUACGAAAACUUUUUUUAAGGACUAUAAAUGGCAUAUAAAUUCAGGUGUCAAAAUUUGAAAUAGUAUUUCGUUAUUAAUAUUAGUCGCGGAAACGAAACACUAAAAAUAGUCAAAGUUCGAAAAAUCUGAAUUGUACGACGGAUUUGAAUGAGUUAUAAGAAAGUUAAGUGGAUUUCGUGUUCAGCGACCCCAAAAACACUCUAGUAACAAGUUUGGAGUCAUUUUUACCACUAAUAACCGAAUUGUAUUUAUGAAAAUUGCAUAUUUUUAAUUUCUUAUUAUUAA